AUGAACUACUUCGCGAGCAAUAAUUGGGGCAAGAAUCAGUAUCAGAAUCUGAACGAUGCCCAUAUACAAAGCAACUCGACAAUCCGCUUCAUUCUCUGUUGCACUGCAUUGGGUCUAUGUUCGACACUGUUGAUACUCUCGUUAUGGAAUCCUAAUGCAUAUAUUCCAACAAUCCGUACACAUGUAUUGCACUUGGAUCGACGGCAAUCUCUCCUACACACAGUUUCUGACAAGUUUUUAUCAUUUGGUCUCGACACGUCCUUACUUCGAAGGAUGAACGAAUUGCCCGUCGAACAGGAGAAAUUUAUCAACUUGGGCCGUCAUUUGAGCCCCGCUUAUGUUAGAGUGGGUGGAACAUCUGCGGAUUGCCUAAUAUUUGAUCAGAAUCAGAUUGUGCAACGCUCAUCUGAAGAGAUUCUCAGUCCUGUGGAUGGCCAAGAUAUCAGCAAUUUUACCAUUUCUGGCACAGACUUGCUCACUGUCUACAAUUUUGCAGUGAAGUCCAAGUUGCGAAUGAUCUUUGAUCUGAAUGUGUUGCUCAGAAAUCCAGAUGGAUCUUGGAAUGACACUAAUGCGCAAAAGAUUAUCACCUUUGCUAAGAAUCAUGCCAUGGAAUUAGAUUGGCAAUUAGGAAAUGAACCGAAUUCCUUUAAACACGUAUUCAACAUGACGAUCUCCGCAAACGAACUUGCAAAGAAUUAUGAUCGUUUGAGGCAAUUGUUAGACGAGGCGGGGUACGUCGAUAGCAUCCUCGUCGGACCGGAAGUGAAUCAUGUCGGAGAACGGAGUCAUAUGGGAGAGGAAUAUGCUGAGAUAUUUUUAAGAAGUCAAAGCAGUACUGUGAAUUAUAUCACUUGGCAUCAGUAUUAUCUGAAUGGGCGAGAAGCUAUAGUUAAAGACUUUGUGAAUCCUCUCAUAUUUAAUUGGUUACCGGCACAAAUCAAAUCCAUGGGGGAAUUCAUCGCUGCAUCAGGGAAAAAUGUUUCUAUGUGGCUGUCGGAAACCAGCACUGCGUAUGGAGGAGGAGCGCCCGAAUUAUCCGACAGAUUCGUAGCCGGAUUUCUGUGGCUGGAUAAAUUGGGCUACAGUGCUAGCGCGGGAUUGAACGUCGUCACUAGACAGUCACUAUUCGGUGGAGAUUACGCUAUGAUAUCGCUGAACCUUACGCCAAAUCCCGAUUGGUGGGUCAGCGUCUUUUAUAAGCAAUUCGUAUCGGAGAAAGUCCUGAAAUUGCUCACGUCUGACAAUUUCGGUUAUGUACGACUUUACGCGCAUUGCACGCCGAAAGAAGCUCGGAUCGCCAGAGUGCCGGCGGUCACAAUUUAUGGAAUGAAUAUGGACAAGAUCGCAGUUCAUAUAAAUAUUCCAGAAGUUGUACACUCUGGUAAAAUUGUGAAGAUAUUCUUUUACUCUUUGACCGCCGACAAUCUUCAAUCAAGCGAGAUAAAAUUGAAUGGCAAAGUAUUGAAGCUGCAGCCGAACGGAGACCUACCGCCGUUUCAAUCUAUAAUAUUGGAUCCUACGUAUCCUGUGAUCUUACCACCGUAUUCCAUGGUAUUUAUGAUAAUUCACGGUAUCGAUAUUCCAGUCUGUGAAUGAAUUGUCAAAGAAUUGUCACGAAUCUCAUUUUUACGCGACGUUUAUAUUCUGUAUAUAUCUUUCUUAUACAUUAUAUUAAAGAUUUAUAUAUAUAUAUAUAUAUAUAUUGUAGCUUAUAUAUUACAUAUUUUUACAAAUUCUUAUUAAUAAGUAAGCCGCUUAUAUAAGCGUGAGUACCAUUUUCUGAAGGCGCUUCCUUGGCUAAAAUUUUAUCUGUCUAUUGUAUAACAGCUUUUAGUUUAUGAUCUGUUUUACUUUGUUACUUUUCUCAAAGAUAAUAAAUAUUACAAUGCGCUGUAC